AUGGCGUCCUUGCGAUCGCUACCGUGGGACAGCCUUGAGAAGUAUUCUGGCACCCUAGGUCUGCGCAACCUAGGCAUCCUAUUGGUCACUGGCUUCAUCUUCAUUAAAGUGAUUGAGCUGGCCCACAGCCUUCACUACCACUCUCGUCGAGCGAGGGAGCUUGGCUGCCGACACCCGCAACGCAUACGACCCAACCGCCUUCCUCUCGGUGUCGAUUCUGUCAUUAGGAUGAUGAAAGCUGACAAUCACCACCAAGUACCCGAAGAGCUUCACAAGAUAUACCUGGAACAAGGCAACGCAAUAAAGGAAGGGGUGGUCAAUACUUGGAAAGAGUCCAAAUUUGGUGUAUCCCACUACGUGACUGUCGAGCCGCGAAAUAUCCAAGCUAUCCUCGCGACUCAAUUCAACGAUUUCGAGGUUGGUAGGAGGAGGUUCAACGUCAGCACACCACUUCUCGGCAAGGGCAUAUUUAUCUUGGACGGCAAAGGCUGGGAGACUGCGCGCACACUCCUUCGACCACAGUUUGCCCGCAGCCUCGUGAGCGACUUGGAUCUGGAGGAGCGACAUGUUCAAAGCCUUUUCAACCAACUCUCGAUGCCAGGUAGCGAUGGAUGGACCAAGGUCGCAGACAUCAAGCCUCUUUUCUUUAAUCUGACUCUCGACACGGCCACAGAGUUCCUGUUUGGAGAGUCAUUACACUCUCAACUCCAAACCUCCAGUACGGACUUGAACAAGAGUCCUGUGCGUCAUGGCUACGACCUGCGCUGUGUCGCCGAAGCGAUAGAUACAGGCUUGCACGACAUGGCCGUCAGAAUCCGCCUGGGUGAAUUGUAUUGGUUGUACAACCCGAAAAGCUGGCGAGAGUCCAUCAGACUAUGCCAUGGCUUUACUGACACGUACAUUCAGCUUCUUCUAGACAAGGGCCAAGAGGCGAACAACUCCGAAGGAGGUGGUGAGCGUGGGACCAAGUAUGUCUUUCUGAACGAGCUUGCGAAAUCGACGCAAGACGCAAUGCAACUUCGGAGUCAAACACUGGCAGUGCUGAUGGCGGGCCGGGACACGACUGCUAGCUUGCUUUGCUGGAUCUUUUGGAUGUUGGCACGCCAUCCUGCAGUUUUGAAGAGACUGCGUCAAUGCGUCCACGAGUCAUUUGGGGCAUGCAGCGAACCUAACAUAACAUUUGAGUCGCUGAAAAGCUGCAAGUACUUGCAAUAUGUCAUCAACGAGACGAAUCGAACAUGCACAAUCCUGCCAUUCAACGUCCGUGUUGCAGCUAAAGAUACAAGCUUGCCGCUUGGAGGUGGGCCGGACGGCACCUACCCUCUUUACAUCAAGAAAGGGGCAGAAGUCCAGUUCUGGCCGUCAAUCACCCACACGCGUGAGGACAUUUGGGGACCAGACGCUAAAGAAUUCAACCCGGACAGGUGGGAGGGAAGAAAACCCGGCUUUGAAUUCCUCCCAUUCCUGGCGGGACCGCGGAUAUGCCUGGGCCAGCAGCUGGCAUUGACCGAGGCAGCUUAUGUGGUGGUCAGAUUUCUUCAACGGUUUGACCAGAUCGAGUCAACUGACAAGAGUUGGGAGCGCUUCCAUCAUUUGACCGUGACCGAUGCUCCCAUGGAGCUACCACUCCGCUUUCACGACGCAGGGAUGUAG